AUGGUAAUACAAUCUGCUACUACUUUAUCGCCAUCAAGGACAAGACCCUCUUUUCCUCAUAAUAACUUGAUCAAAAGCAUGUCUGACAACCGUAUUGGUCGUCCGUCCCCUCCACCAAUUAGGAAAUUAAAAUCUUCCUUGAAAAUCUCUCAUCCUGAUUCUAUCUCAAGAUCAAAGUCAGAUAUUUUUUUGGUAUCACCUGAAAAAAAUGUCCGUUUUGCUAUUGAACUGACAACCGUUAAAAGAUUUGAUAAAAAUGCGGAGCCAAGUUCAAUCUCAAACGAAAACUCGCCCACUCUUUCUCCUGUUGACAAUUAUACCACCGCCGAUGACAUCCAACUAUUCAACAAUGAGGAUUGCUGGUUCAAUGAUUCCUCACUAGUCACUAAUUUGCUAAGAAAUGAAAAGAAAUUCCGUUAUACAAAUUCUUUAAACAACAUGUUCAAGUUAGACCUAUAUGACUCUGAAGAUGAGGAUGAUAUAGACGAUGCCAACAAUGACCAAGCUGGAUAUGGCUAUACUUAUGAUUCGUCAACAUCUAGAAGAAAUUCUUCCCACAAUAAAUCAGUGACCUCCCCUGCUACGUCCUCUCUUGCCUCUCAAGCGACAAGUAUAUGUGAUUGGAAACUUCACUGUACAGAUUUGGUUCCCUUCAAACUAGCACCUCCGCUAUUCACUAAAACACUAUCUUCUUCCGACUUCCAAGGUCAAUUAGCAAAGUACUUGAAUGGUAAAAAUAUAAAACUGCAUUCCCUCAUUCAAUCAGAUGGCGAUUCAAGCAAAAUUAUGGGGCUGAUAUACGUUAAUAAUUUGAGUUUCGAAAAGUACCUGGAGAUAAAAUUCACUUUCAACUCAUGGAAGGAUAUUCAUUAUGUAACCGCCAACUACAACAAAACAGUCAAUUCCGCUGUUGAUGAAUUUAAAUUUACUAUUGACUUGAAUAGUUUGAAGUAUAUUUUACUCAUCAAGAGGAUUAUCACUUUGGAGAACAAUACAAGUAGUUGUCCCUUAAACAUUGAAUUGUGUUGUAGAUAUGACGUCAAUGAAGAAACAUUUUAUGAUAAUAACGACGGUAAAAACUAUCACCUUUUCAUGACCACUUUCAAAAAGGGAAGCGAAACAGAGGUAAAACAAGAGGUUCCCGUGGUCAUUGAGCCUAGUCCUCAAGAUAAUACUGCUACUUCAUCAAAGACCAUGAAAUCGAGAUUCAUUUCUUCAAAUCCAUCUCUUUCAAGGUUUUCGCCUCAAUCGAGAAAAUUCAGCGAGGACACGGAUUACUAUAACACAUCUCCAUUGAAACACCUUUAUCACAAUGACACGACAACCUUCGUCAAACCUAAAAGAUUAAACGUAGUUUUAGAUAAAGUUGGCAACGGCACAUCCUUUUCACCACCACCACCUCCCUUGGCUGGCACCACGAAAAUUGAUAAUGCAACAAAGAAUGGAAAGACAACACCUGCAGCGCACACAACCGCAAAUAAUAUUGACCUACCAAUAUCAGGAUCGCAACAUCAAUCAUUAUAUUCUGGCUCAUCAUCGUACUCAUCAUCGUCGUCUUCCAUAUCUUCUUCAUUAUCAUUUGCGUCUUCUAAUAAUUCCUCCACAAAUUCUUCUUCCUCCGCCUCCUGCAGCUUCCCACUUACUGAGCUCGAUAAUUUUGAUUAUGCAAACUUGUAUGAGCCCAACGAUACAUUCACUACAGCCAAUUUGGUAAAUCAUUCAUUAAAUUCAAUGAUACCAGACGCUUAUCCUCCAUCAUUUUUUGGGGACUUUGGAAAUGAUAGUAAUAACAACAACUUGGCCGCUUCCCUGGAUGAUUCCUAUGAAGAUAAACAAAGCGUCAUUACAGAUACUACCAUGGAUGAUAAUAACAAAACUUCAACUGUCAAUCAUUCUACAGAUACAUUAAUUAAACCUUCCAAGGAAAAUGGGGCAGCUAAAGGGGAUAUACUACUACCAACAAAUAGAAUUAGCCCACCGUCCUCGUCUCGCAACCAAACCAGUACAAAUCUAAAGGAGCCUUCGAGUGACAACAUUGAGCUUAAAUAUAUCAACUACCAGUCUUUGCUGGAUUCUCAUCGGUUUCACAACCACUCUUCAUCACCAAAUUUGCAACCCGCUCCUCUCUCAAAUGCAGUGUCUAUCUCAGAAUUCACUCAUGCAUCGGAUGUCUUUGAAUAUGAGGAUGAGGAUAGUGGUAGUAAUCGAAUGGUGGGGGAACUAGAUGAUAGUGCAUUUUCUCCCCACUUUUAUUUGAAUGAAGGCAACAAAUCAGCAUGCCUUAGUGAUGACGCUUUGAUUGAUCAUCACGGAAGUGACAAUCCAUUUAUAAAUUCUUUCAGUUCUUCUCCACCCAUCCUCUCGCAAGAAGUUGAUCGUUGGCGGCAUUAA